AAAACGUGUGUCGGAGGAGACUGUGCUAGGACAAGCAAAGGAAGUGAUGGAGUCUCUCCACUCGUUUGUAAGCCAGCGACAGCAAGGUCUUCUCCCACGUAACGUCUUCUCUAGAGCCGUCAGAGAUUCCUUGUAUCUGGUGAAGAGACUGACAAAUACUAGAGUACUGGAGGGACAUAACGGAUGUGUUAACUCUGUGUCCUGGAAUGAGACUGGGACCAGGCUGAUAUCAGGAUCUGAUGACUGCCACAUCAAUAUCUAUGACAUGGCCACUGGACUGACGUGUCACUCAUUUCACACAAGUCACCAGUCCAACAUCUUCAGUGCCAAGUUCCUCCCACAGACUGGGGACUGUAAGGCAGUGUCGUGUGCAGGGAUAGGUUCAGUGGAGGUGUCAGAGCUGAGUCCGUACGGAGACUAUGUGGCCCACCAGUUCAAGUGUCAGUCCUCCAUCACCUACCAGGUGGCCACUAGUCCAGGCUGUCCUCACGAGUUCUUCACAUGUGAGGAGUUGGGAAUGGUCAGAUUGUACGACCUUCGGACCUCCAGCUCCUGCCACUGUGACGGCAACUGCAACCGAAGUAUGCUGUGCAGGUUCCCCAGUGCGGUGACGUCCAUGUGGUCCAUCCUCUAGAGCCUCACUAUGUAGUGGUUGGACUGGGAGAUGGGACACUUCGUCUUCUCGACAGACGGCGCAGCGACACCUGGCAGGACCCAGCACCUGACUCACCACUCCAGAUACUUCAUGCCUGUGUCUGUGUCCCAGUGAGGCCUGUAGCAGGUGGGGCGGGGCUAAGGUCUUCGCCAGCCACACCUCCUCCGCCCAGCCCCAGAGCUGGGGGAAGUUCUGUAGGCUCUCUGCUAACAGUGGACCAGUCAUCACUUUCACUAGUGGAGAUGUCUGCAGAGGUACGACGAAAUACAAGACAGACAUCUACAUGGAGUGUGACCGAUCCAUCACCACUGACGACAGCAAGCCAGUCUUCCAACAGAGCAUGUCAAGAGGCUGUACGAAGGUGCUGUUCUGGUCCAGUCCAUAUGCGUGUCACAGUGAGAGGACCAGCUGUACUCACACUGCGGGGGACAAGUUCUUUGACUUCACUCCACUCCAGGCUAACCCUGGGGAGAUGGCCUGGAAGACACAGCACAACGGAGAUGAGUACUAUGUCAACUUGUGCGGAUCAAUUCCAGAUUUCACUGGUUGUGACCCAGAGACUGCAGUCUGUCUGCACACGUCAAAGGGAGGAUGGUUGAAUAUUGGAAUGACCUCCACUCAGGAGAUUAUUGGAACUACUGAUGAUCACAUUCAGAUCAAGUUCAGCGGGAGACACAAGUGUAGAGACGCGACCUCUCAUGUCACCAUUGACAUGAGUUGUGGCCUCUCUGGCCUAACACUGGACAGAAAUGAUGAGAACCUGUGUACUUAUGAGUUCUUGUGGAGCACACCUUACGCCUGCCACGUGGAGGACACGAUUCAGAAAUGGACAAAGUGUGAAGAUCAGCUGAAGUCAAAUGAAUAUGAUGGACUCGUUUUUCUACCAAACAAACUAAAGAGCUCUGACGGGAUGUCGGUAGUGGAGGGAGACUCAGCUCAGAGGACGUUCCACGUCAGUCUGUGUGGCGGCAACUCCCACUGUACUCACGGCUCCUCCGUCUGCUACACCAACAGCUCCGGACUCACCACCAAUGUCGCCACCUCCUCUCUCCAGACCAUCAUGACUCAAGGAACGUCGAUGUGGAUUCAGAUGAACUCAACUGACGGUUUCUCUCACGCUAUUGUCAAUGUGGAGUGUGUGGACGACAGUGCUGACGUCAGCAGAGCUGAAACUAUGGAGUUUGUGAAAGUCACUACGUCGACCGCUGGCAGUGAGAGGCACACAUUCUAUCACUUCAACAUGUGGACCAAGAAAGGCUGCUCCUUCUCUACACCAACCACAGCACCGUACACUCCCACCAAUCAUCACAAGAGUACAGAUAAUGGCGGAGACCACAGUGGUGGCAGUGGUUCGUCUGGCUCUGGUGGUACAUCAUCGACCGUUGUGGCUCUGUUGGUCACACUAGUGGUACUGAUGGUAGCCGCCAUCUUUCUUGGCUUUAUCUUCUACAAGAAAGAGAGACGGGAUAGAUUUAUUAACUUGUUCAAGAACAAGUCUUCUGAACCGGUCAAGUAUGAAAAGGUUAGUAACAAUAGUGUGCAGUGUACAUAAGAUGUGCCUCUCUAAAAAAAACUGGGAUCUGGAGAAGAAGUUGGGAUUAAGACUGAAGAGUCUGUGGUGGAUUGUUUGUCCUUUUCUCCCCACGAAAUUGGCAGAGAAAAUGGCCAUUAACCACAAGUUUGCAUUUCCUAUGCUGUGAUACAACUACACAAAACCACAAAACUCAAAAUCAAGACCUAACUCAAACUCGUGAUUUGAAGCUGCCCCAAAUUAAUACUGGGGCCAUCUUUUCCCAAGACUAUCUUAACUUGCCAAAACCUCACUCAGCUAAGUUUGUAGCUAGCCACCCAGUGUUUCUGCUCUAUACUGUGCAGUUACCAAUGACUCUUACCGAGG